CAAUUUGGGAGAUCCUAUAAGACAGUGAUUUCAUGGCUGUGCUCUUCCUCUCCGAAUACUCACAACAAUCUCCUCACAGUCAAAGAUUUCCAUUCAUUACCACUUUCCUUGAGGGGUUUUCCAAGGAUUCUUGUACCGCACCAUAGAAUCCAGAUAUUUUACAAUUUUCUUUUUCCAUACACAAUAUUUCCCAAUGUUAAAUUCUCUCACACUCCUCAUUCUUUCUUCUUCAAUGAAAAGUUUGUGUUUAUUCUGUCUCUGAGUAAAGGCUGCCUCCACUUUCCCCUUCUUCUAUGCAGAGCAAAUAGCUUUUGUAUGUUACAGAUCAAAGUCGACAGCGAUGGAUGUUGCAAAUUUACGGCCACUCAAACACACAGUGCACAGAAAAAUCACCAAAAAAUUCGUGGAGCCACCGCACGAGCCAAGAGCGAUCAGGAUCUCCGUCACCGAUCCUGACGCCACCGAUUCCUCGAGCGACGAGGAGGGGGAAUUGUUCCCGCGCCGCCGUGUUAAGAAGUUUGUGAGCGAGAUAAGGAUGGAGACGGCGCGCAACAAUCCUGAAAACAGCCGGAAGAGAAGCACAGCCACUCUCCAUCCCAAACCCAAGCAAGUCUCUUCCAAGGCGGCGGCGCUCGCGGAAGGCGAGUGCCGGAAGUUCCGCGGAGUGCGGCGUCGUCCCUGGGGUAAAUGGGCCGCCGAGAUAAGGGACCCUUGCAAAAAGGUCAGGUUAUGGUUGGGAACUUACGACACCGCAGAGGAGGCGGCGAUGGUGUACGACAACGCCGCCAUCAAACUCCGGGGGCCGGACGCCUUGACCAACUUCGCCGUUCCCACCCGUAAAGACGAAUUGCAGGAACUCAAUGUGCUGUCAGGAGACGAUUCCUGCGAUGAUUUCCGGAACCGCUCCUCGCCGGCUUCUGUUCUUAGCUUCAGAAGCAGCCUCACCAGCGCCGAGGAGAGCUCGCCUAGUGCUUCCAAAACCGAAGACGAAGUGUGUGGGGAGAUAAAGGGCUCAGCCGUCGAAUACGCCGUUUGCUCGGCUGCAUCGGAGGAAUGUCGAGCCGGCAUGCCGGAUUAUUCCCCGGACGGCUUGCCUAUGACCACCGAUUUCUUGGAUGAUUUCUUCAAUUUCGAAGCCCAAGAUCAGACGUUGCUGUUUGAUCAACAAAAUUGCAGUGACAAUGCUAGAACCGGAGAUAAUUUUCUGAUCGAUGACGUAUUAGGAUUUGGAGAUUUUAACGAUUCGGCACUCGACGAAUUUGAUUUUGGAGAGUUAAAAUGUGAAUUCCCAGGUUUGUUUAAGGAUUCGUUUCAAGAUGAGUUCCCACAAAGACACAGUUUUGGAGAUGUUAAAUGUUCGAUUCAAGAGGAAUUUGUGGCGGUUCAAAAUAAGGCUGAGUUGACAGAUUUUUAUGAUUCGUCGUUGCAAGAAUUUUCCGGCGACUUUGAUGUUCUAAUUCCUGAAUUUAAUUUGGUUCGAGCGGAAGAAGAUUUUUACCAAGAAAGUAUGUUUGCGGAUGGAGCAGUAGCGGUGUCUUAGUGUUUAUCGGCUUGCCAAUCAACGCCAAAUUUUGUUUAGGGUAGAGUUUUUAUUUGAAUCAAUAUGUAGCUUCCUCUUUAAAUUAUUAAAUAAAUAGAUUCUUUCGAGUAA